ACAAGACAACGGUUUUUUUCCCCGCUUCGCUCGAGGUUUAUUCCAGAAAGUUCCACCCUGACCACAACAUGGCCCAGUCCGUCCUCGACGCCAUGCCCGCCGCCUCCACCGGAACCCUGGUCUUCACCGGCCCGCUCAACUUCUGGGGCGGAAGGCGCGAGGCAGCCCGGGAAGGCGCACCCUCGGAGGCCGUCUACGAGCCCGCCACCGGCCGCGUGCUGUGUCACAUGACCCCCUGCGGCGAGGAGGACGUGGACGCGGCCAUCAGGAGCGCCCGGGCCGCCUACCUGCAGUGGAGCCAGCUGGCGGGCAUGGAGAGAGCGCGGGUCAUGCUGGAGGCCGCUCGCAUCAUCAGAGAGCGCCGGGAGAAGAUCGCCAAGGUGGAGGUGGUCAACAACGGGAAGUCCAUCACUGAAGCGCUGGUGGAUGUGGACGUGGCCUGGCAGUGCCUGGAGUACUACGCCGGCCUGGCGGGAACGCUGUCAGGCCAGCACAUCCAGCUUCCCGGUGGAGCGUUUGCGUACACCAGAAGGGAGCCUCUGGGCGUGUGCGCGGGCAUCGGCGCCUGGAACUACCCCUUCCAGAUCGCGGCCUGGAAGUCCGCUCCUGCGCUGGCGUGCGGCAACGCCAUGGUGUUCAAGCCCUCUCCCAUGACCCCCGUCACCGCCGUCAUACUGGCGGAGAUCUACAAGGAGGCCGGCGUUCCCGACGGGCUCUUCUGUGUGGUACAAGGCGGCGCCGAGACCGGCACCUUGCUGUGCCGUCACCCGGCGAUCGCCAAGGUUUCCUUUACGGGCAGCGUGCCCACAGGGAAGAAGGUGAUGGAAAUGUCCGCCAAGACGGUGAAGCAGGUGACGCUGGAGCUGGGCGGGAAGUCGCCGCUCAUCAUCUUCAAAGACUGCGAGCUGGAGAACGCGGUGAAGGGCGCGCUGAUGGCCAACUUCCUCACGCAGGGACAGGUGUGCUGCAACGGCACCAGGGUCUUUGUUCAGAGGGACGUCAUGCCGCAGUUCCUGGAGCAGGUGGUCAAGAGGACCAAGGCCAUCGCCAUCGGGGACCCUCUGCUGGACGGAACGCGCAUGGGAGCGCUGAUCAGCAAGCCCCAACUGGAGAAGGUUCUAGGUUUUGUCAGUCAAGCCAAGAAGGAGGGCGCCAAAGUGCUUUGUGGUGGAGACAUGUUUGUCCCCAGCGAUCCCAAACUGAAAGCUGGCUAUUUCAUGUCGCCCUGCAUACUCGACGACUGCAGGGACGACAUGACCUGCGUCAAGGAGGAGAUCUUCGGCCCCGUCAUGUCCGUCCUGCCGUUCGACACCGAGGAGGAGGUCCUGCAGCGGGCCAACAACACCACCUUUGGACUGGCCUCCGGCGUCUUCACCAGAGACAUCUCAAGAGCUCACCGAGUGGCCAGCAAGCUGGAGGCGGGAACGUGCUUCAUCAACAACUACAACAUCAGCCCGGUGGAGGUGCCCUUCGGCGGUUACAAGAUGUCAGGUUUCGGCCGUGAGAACGGUCAGGUGACCAUCGAGUACUACUCCCAGUUGAAGACUGUGGUGGUGGAAAUGGGCGAUGUGGAGAGUCUCUUCUGAGGGGCUUUUGCUGAUUUUAUUUGCACGAAAAUCUGCUCCACAGACGCCUUGACAUCCGGAUGGUUUUUUUUGAGCUUCCAUUUCUUAUGAAGUAAAAAUGAAGUCAACCAUC